GAUGAUAGGGAAAAAAGCGAAAAUCGAUGAUUUUGCUCGCGUCGAUCCACUGCUACGGUACUGGUGCUGUGUGUCUCGCUCGCAAGGGUCCCGUGUCCGCGGGUUGUGUCCGUGUUUUUCUUCAACGCCUCUACGGGAAACGCGCGCGUUCGCGGACGUCCGGAACGUCGUAGUCGCGGGUCGGGCGAACGGUAGUAGGCGGUACGUGGCCAAACCCGGUUGCGGUGGCAACUCGCGUGAAGAACCCCAAUUUUGCCGAGCUUGCUGCGAUUGCUGCUGGUGUAUCCAACUAGAAGUGCUGUGUGUGUGUGUUGCUGUGUAUGUGUGUGCGUGCGUGUGAAAAAAUGUGAAUCAUUUUCUCACUGGAGAAGAGUUUUUCUGGAAAAUCCUGUCGGAAGAAGCUGGAAUCCUUACGUGCCGGAUCCAGAGCCCUCUCCAGGGGGCGCUAGGAGUUCCCCUACAGAAGUGCUACGUGACACAGAGGGGCGGAUCUAGUGGAGGGGUUCCCGUUUUGUUCCGGAGCUCCGGAAGCAGAAGGAUUGUCCCCUCGAGGAAGUGUGUGCUUAAGAGUGGGCGAAAGGAGUGUCCCUCCCCCCUCAAAGAGUGAUUUCGGAAAAGAUAAAUUGCAUUGAGUGACCACCCCCCUUUCUUACAAGGGGCGCAUCCCCAGGAAGAAGAGUGUCCUACCCCGCUGCAAAGGUGAUUCCGGCCAGGGUGGACCGGGUCGUCAGAAUGGCGGACCUUACGAGGCCGCCCUUCAGCGAGAUCAAGCGGCCGGAGGAGGUCGUCAAAAUGUCGAUGACGGACAACCUCAAGUUUGCCGUCCUGAUCGGCCUCAUCGAGGUCGGCCAGGUCUCCAACCGGGAGGUGGUCAACACCGUGCUGCACCUGCUGGUCGGGGGUGAGUUCGACAUGGAGCUGAACUUUGUCGUGCAGGACGCCCAGAACGUGAAACACAUGCUCGAGCUGCUGGACCACUGUCCGGCGAACCUGCAGGCCGAGGUGUGGAGCGUGUUCAUCGCGAUCCUGAAGAAGAGCGUCCGCAACCUGCAGGCCUGCACCGAGAUCGGGCUGAUCGAGCACGUGCUGCAGCGGCUCCAGCGGGCGGAACCCAUCGUGGCUGAUCUCCUCAUCGAAAUGCUGGGCGUGCUGGCCAGCUACAGUAUCACGGUCAAGGAGCUGAAGCUGCUGUUCGGCGCGAUGAAGGCCAUCAACGGUAAGUGGCCCCGGCACUCGGCCAAGCUGCUCAACGUGCUCAAGCAGAUGCCCCACCGGAACGGGCCGGACGUGUUCUUUAGCUUUCCGGGCCGGAAGGGGUCGGCCGUGGUGCUGCCGCCGCUGGCCAAGUGGCCUUACGAGAGCGGGUUCACCUUUACCACCUGGUUCCGGCUCGAUCCGAUCAACUCGGUCAACAUCGAGCGCGAGAAGCCGUACCUGUACUGCUUCAAAACGUCCAAGGGCGUCGGCUACACGGCCCACUUUGUCGGCAACUGCCUGGUGCUGACGUCGAUGAAGGUCAAGGGGAAGGGCUUUCAGCACUGCGUCAAGUACGAGUUCCAGCCGCGCAAGUGGUACAUGAUCGCGAUCGUGUACAUCUACAACCGGUGGACCAAGAGUGAGAUCAAGUGCCUGGUUAACGGCCAGCUCGCCUCCAGCACGGAGAUGGCCUGGUUCGUGUCGACGAAUGAUCCAUUCGACAAGUGCUACAUCGGAGCAACGCCGGAACUGGACGAGGAGCGGGUGUUUUGCGGGCAGAUGGCCGCGAUCUACCUGUUCAACGAGGCACUGACCACGCAACAGAUCUGCGCCAUGCACCGGCUCGGUCCCGGCUACAAGUCCCAGUUCCGGUUCGACAACGAGUGCUACCUGAACCUGCCGGACAACCACAAGCGGGUGAGUUACGAGGCGCUGCUGCAAUACGCGGCCGCUUCCUCGUCCGGGGCCGGAAUCGGUGGAGCAGGAGGAGGUGCCGCCGCCGGAAUAACCUCGUCCCUUUCCCCGACGCCCCCCGCCCCGAUCGAGUCCAACAUCCACCGGAGUCUGGUCACGGCGGCGGCGGCAGCGGCCUCCAGCUCCAGUAGUUCCUCGCUGGCCUCGUCAUCGUCGUCGGCCCUGGCCAACGUCGGUGCCGCCGGGGGGCCCGGUUCGGGUGGUGUCCCCGGCGGUGCCGGCGCCGGAGCCGGCUCUGGACCGCUAGACGCUUCCGGCGAAUCGUUUGAUUUUCUAUCUGUCCUUUACGACGGCAAGCUGUCCAGCGCGAUCGUGUUCAUGUACAACCCGGUCGCCACCGACGGCCAGCUCUGUCUGCAGUCGGCCCCGAAGGGCAAUCUGUCCUUCUUCGUACACACCCCGCACUCGCUGAUGUUGCAGGACGUGAAAGCGGUCGUAACCCACUCGAUCCACUGCACGCUCAACUCGAUCGGUGGAAUCCAGGUGCUAUUUCCGCUGUUCUCCCAGCUGGACAUGCCCUACGAGGGCACGGACGUUAAGAAGGAUCCCACGCUGUGUGCAAAACUGCUUGGGUUCAUCUGCGAGCUCGUCGAAAGCUCACAAACCGUUCAACAGCACAUGAUUCAGAAUCGUGGCUUUCUGGUGAUUUCCUUUAUGCUGCAACGGUCCUCCCGAGAUCACCUCACGUCCGAGGUGCUGGGUUCGUUCCUCAGCCUGACCAAGUAUCUGGUUACGUGUCUGUCGGCCAACUCGGACCUGCUGCUGAAACAGCUCUUUUGUUUCUCUUUCCUCACCUGGCAGCUCCUGGACCACGUCCUGUUCAACCCGUCCCUCUGGAUCUACACCCCGGCCACGGUCCAGGCCCGCCUCUACGCCUACCUGGCCACCGAGUUCCUCAGCGAUACCCAGAUCUACAGCAACGUACGGCGCGUCAGCACCGUCCUGCAGACCGUGCACACGCUCAAGUUCUACUACUGGGUCGUGAACCCGCGGGCCAAGUCCGGAAUCACCCCGAAAGGCCUCGACGGCCCCCGACCCGCCCAGAAGGACAUCCUGGCGAUCCGGGCGUACAUUCUGCUCUUCCUGAAGCAACUCAUCAUGAUCGGUAACGGGGUCAAGGACGACGAGCUGCAGAGCAUCCUGAACUACCUGAUGACGAUGCACGAGGACGAGAAUCUGCACGACGUGCUGCAGAUGUUGAUCUCGCUGAUGUCCGAGCAUCCGAGCUCGAUGGUGCCGGCGUUCGACGUGAAGCACGGCGUGCGGACGAUCUUUAAGCUGCUGGCUGCGGAAAGUCAGCUGAUUCGGUUGCAGGCGCUCAAGUUGCUCGGGUUUUUCCUGUCGCGGAGUACGCAUAAACGCAAGUACGACGUCAUGUCCCCACACAACCUGUACACGCUGCUCGCCGAGCGGCUCCUCCUGUACGAAGAAUCCCUGUCGCUACCGACGUACAACGUGCUGUACGAAAUCAUGACCGAGCACAUCUCGCAGCAGAUUCUGUACGCCAAGCACCCCGAACCGGAAAGCCACUACCGGCUCGAGAACCCAAUGAUCCUAAAAGUGGUCGCGACGCUAAUCCGCCAGUCCAAGCAGAGCGAACAGCUGCUCGAGGUGAAGAAGCUGUUCCUGUCCGACAUGACGCUGCUCUGUAACAACAACCGCGAGAACCGCCGGACGGUGCUGCAGAUGAGCGUGUGGCAGGAGUGGUUGAUCGCGAUGGCGUACAUCCACCCGAAGAACUCCGAGGAGCAGAAGCUUUCGGACAUGGUGUACUCGCUGUUCCGGAUGUUGCUGCACCACGCGAUCAAGUACGAGUACGGCGGGUGGCGCGUCUGGGUGGACACGCUGGCGAUCGUGCACUCGAAGGUUUCGUACGAGGAGUUUAAGCUGCAGUUUGCGCAGAUGUACGAGCACUACGAGAAGCACCGGACGGACAACAUUACGGAUCCGGCGCUGCGGCAGCAGCGGCCCAUCAGCACGAUCAGUGGCUGGGAGCGUGGGGCUGGAGGGACGGGUGGUGAUCGCGGAGGAGGAGGAGGAGAUGACGGAGGAGGUGGAGCGGAGAAGGGGGAAGUGGCGGCGAUCGAAGCGAAGAAGUGUGUGUGCGAGCCGGAAGAUGCGGAGGUUGGGGGGAAGGUGGAUGGGAAGCGGGUUGUGGAGAACGGGCACGAUCUCGAGGAGGAUCUGGAGGAAGAAGAGGAGGAGGAGGAAGAAGAGAUGAUGGAGGAGGAGCCGAUGGGUUCGGAGGAGGAGGAUGAGUCGGAGGAUUGCUCGCAGAGCGAGCUGAAGAAGGCGAUGGAGAUCGGCGCGUUGAAGGACAGCCAGGAGGUGUCCGAGCAGGUCGUGGGAACGAUCGUGGAAGAGAUCAUCAGCAAGUCGGAAAGCAUGCUGAAAGACCCGGAAGAGCUGGAGACGGAGGCGGCCUCGGAACAGACGACCUCGUCGCCGGUGAUCAAGGAUGAGGAGAUCGAGCUGGCCGUGAACGAAGUGGUGCAGGGAGUGCUUUCGCUCAAGACAUCUAGUGCGGCGGCGACGGCUACCGGUGCGGAAGAUGCGCUGAACAACAACAACAGCAGUCUGACGACGGACAGUGUUACGCAGAAGACUGAUAGUGUAGCAUCAAGUGCAAUAACUAGUGGUAAUAGUAACAAUUUAAACAAUAAUAAUCUAAGUAGCAAUAGCGACGAGGAAGAGCUCGGCGAGCAAAGCGAAGAACAAGUCAAGGCGAUGGUCGCGAGCAUCGUCAACGAGCUGGUCGAGUGCAGCUUACGGGAAGACGGCGAAGAGCUGGAACAGGUAAGCAGCGACAGCUCAGAAGAAGUCGAAGCCCAGGUCAAGGAAGUGGUGGAAUCCAUCAUCUCCGAAGCGGUGCUUCGAGCGGAGCAGAUUUCAACGCCGGAACCCGAACAGAUGAGCACGGAGUCCAGUCCGGAAAAGGAGAUCUCGAUCGUGAAGCUCGGAACUGUGUCCGAGGAAAUUGCCAAAUCCGAAGCGAUCAUUAAGGAGGAGUUCGAGGAGGUGGAAGACGAAGAGGAUGAAGAAGUCGAGGAAGAGGAGGAGGAAGACGAGGAUAGUGAAGUUCCGGACACGCCCGCUACCGUCGCGACCGUCAUCAAGAAUGACGCCAUUAGCACGACAGUGCCAACCAAUCUGCCUGCUGCUGUGGCCAAAAAGACGCAUGCCUCAACGAGCACCGCCAGUGAUCAUGUCUACGAAGGUGGCGCCACUGGCGCCGUUCCUCAACCUACCGGCAAGCAACAGCGCUCCAAAUCCGCCUCAACCCGGCCAAUGUUCUCGCCGGGACCAACUCGGCCGCCGUUCCGGAUCCCGGAGUUCAAGUGGUCCUACAUCCACCAGCGGCUCCUGUCCGAUGUUCUGUUCUCGCUCGAGACGGACAUCCAGGUGUGGCGAUCGCACUCGACCAAGAGUGUGCUCGACUUUGUCAACUCGGCCGAGAAUGCGAUCUUCGUGGUGAACACGGUCCAUCUGAUCUCGCAGCUGGCGGACAAUCUGAUCAUUGCGUGUGGGGGGUUGCUUCCACUGCUGGCGAGUGCAACGUCACCGAAUUCGGAGCUCGACGUCCUCGAACCAACCCAGGGCAUGCCCCUGGACGUGGCCGUGUCCUUCCUCCAACGUCUGGUCAACAUGGCCGACGUGCUCAUCUUCGCCAGCUCGCUCAACUUUGGCGAACUCGAAGCCGAGAAGAACAUGUCCAGCGGCGGCAUCCUGCGCCAGUGCCUGCGCCUCGUGUGCACCUGUGCCGUCCGGAACUGCCUCGAGUGCAAGGAGCGCACGCGCGGCCUCUACAACGGAAUGUCCCUGAAGGACAUUCCCGGCGGGGCGCACCUGCAAGCGCUCAUCCGAGGAGCUCAAACGACGUCGAAGACAAUCAUCGAGUCGCUGUCGGGGCCGAUGAGCCCCGUCAAGGACCCGGAGAAGCUGCUCCAGGACAUGGACAUCAACCGGCUGCGGGCCGUCAUCUAUCGGGACGUGAAACGCCUGUUCCAGGAGGAAACCAAGCAAGCCCAGUUCCUGUCGCUGGCCAUCGUGUACUUCAUCUCGGUGCUGAUGGUCUCCAAGUACCGGGACAUCCUGGAGCCCCCGCCGGAGCUGCAGAUCCACCGGAACUCGUCGCCGGUGAUGCAGCGCGCCACGCCCACCCAAGACUCGAGCAAUCGUCCGCUGUUUCCGCAAUGGUCGCACCACGUGUACCCACAGUUCCUACCGGGGUCGCAUCCGAACCACCAGACGGCGGCGGCCGCGGCUCCGUCGGCAUCGUUGGUGGCCGCUGCGGCGGCCGCAGCAGCAGCAGCCGCCGCCUCUGGUCAGACCAAUAACGGCGCCGGCCAGGCCAGCCUGCAGCUGAUGCACCACGGCAGCAACAAUACAAUCACUUCUUCGUCCUCGCAAACGACCUCGUCCUCGUCGUCGUUGGGACUGAACGGAAACAAUGGCAACAAUGGCCUCGGCGGACCCACGCUGAACGGACCGCCGAUGGUUCCGAUGAUGGGUUCAUACAAUGGUAGCAGCACUACUAACGGUUAUCCGGCCGACAUGAUCAACUGUUACACGGGAGCACAGGGGCAUCACCAUCACCAAGGGCAACAGCAGGCCCAACAUAACCUAGCAAACAACAACUCCCUGACGGGAACCGGCGGGGGAUUCCACCGGGGUGGACCCCGGUCCGCCGUCGGGUUGAACAAUGGCCUCAUCGGCCACUCGCUCGGAACGGCCACGGCCAAGCACGGGAAAGGACUGAAUAACGGUGAUAACCAUAUCUAUCAUUGUAACGGUAUGACAGGCAAUCGCUCGCUCCAAGAUGGCGACUACGAGGUCAUCGUGGUGGACGAGAACAAUAGCUCCGUGAUUGCCGACAACGAGUCUCACUCGAGUGGACCGCUGUCGAUCAAGGCCACAAGCUCGCGCCGCGAGUCAUCGGUGUACGGAUCUCCGUCGUCGUCCGUUCCGGCCUCGAUUUCUCCGGACAAGGGCACCGUCGGCGGCGAUGCCACCACUAACACUAGGUAUCCGGCCACUACUACCACUAUUACUACCACUAGCAUAAGUACGGUCCAAGAUCGGCCCCUGUCGCCUACUGCGAUCGCCGCUGCCGCCGCCGCCACCAAUCCAAUCACACCGCAGAAGCCGUCGUCGAAGAGCGUCGAUUCGGACGCCGCUUCGCUGAACCUCAACUCGACGGAGAAUGACGCGCCAGAGGUGGAAACGUCCAGUGAGAUCAUGGCCGAUGACAACAAGCCGACCAACUCGAACGACGAGAGCUGGACGGACGUCAACCUGAACGACGAAGGUCCAGCGGAGGUGGCCGCUUCCGGCAUUGCAAGCAUCGUCGGCAAGUCCCAGAUGAUGCAACGGGUGCAGGAGAUUCCGCAGGGAGGUUCCCAGCAGGAUCACAAGCUGGAGUCGGACAUUUCGGUGGUGCGCGUUCCGGACAACUACCAGGGGCCGAGUUCGGUGGGAAGGGGCCCGCGUCCGGAGGAUCUGAACCUGAAGGCACCGUUUGUGGGGCAGAUUCCGAUGGCGUUGCCGUCGCGGGAAGCCAGCUUGACGCAAAAGCUGGAGAUUGCACUUGGGCCAGUUUGUCCGCUGCUGAGGGAGAUCAUGGUGGACUUUGCGCCGUUUUUGUCCAAGACGUUGGUGGGUUCGCACGGUCAGGAGCUGCUGAUGGAGGGUAAGGGACUGACCACGUUCAAGAACAGUCACUCGGUGGUGGAGUUGGUGAUGCUGCUGUGCUCGCAAGAGUGGCAGAACAGUCUGCAGAAGCACGCCGGGUUGGCGUUCAUAGAGUUGAUCAACGAGGGUAGGCUGCUGUCGCACGCCAUGAAGGAUCACAUCGUGAGGGUUGCGAACGAGGCGGAGUUCAUACUGAACCGGAUGAGGGCGGACGAUGUGCUGAAGCACGCUGACUUUGAGUCGCAGUGCGCGCAGACGCUGCUGGAGAGACGGGAGGAGGAGCGGAUGUGUGAUCAUUUGAUCACGGCGGCGAGGAGGCGGGACAACGUGAUCGCGAGUCGGUUGCUGGAGAAGGUGCGGAACAUUAUGGGAAAUCGGCACGGAGCGUGGGGAGACAGCAGUGGAGGCUAUCAGAAGCAGAUCUUCUGGAAGUUGGACGCCUGGGAAGAUGACGCCCGGAGGAGGAAGCGAAUGGUGCAGAACCCGCGAGGAUCGAGCCAUCCGCAGGCGACGUUGAAGGCUUCGCUGGAGAACGGAGGAGAGGAAGCCCGGGAAGCGAGUCGGGACGAGAUCUACUCGCAGAUUGCGGUGCCACGAUCGCAACAACCCGACCUGCUAGACGAUUCCGAACUGCUGAUCGAGGAUCGCGAACUCGACCUGGACCUCACCGGUCCCGUUAACAUUAGCACCAAGGCGAAACUGAUCGCACCCGGGCUGGUCGCCCCCGGCACCAUGUCAAUUACCUCCACCGAGAUGUACUUCGAGGUGGACGAGGACAACGCCGAGUUCCAGGGCAUCGAUCAGGAGGUUCUGAAGUACUGCGAUCACCUGCACGGCAAGUGGUACUUCUCGGAGAUCCGAGCUAUCUUCUCGCGUCGCUACCUGCUGCAGAACGUCGCGCUGGAGAUUUUCCUCGCGAGUCGAACGUCGAUCCUGUUCGCCUUCCCCGAUCAACACACCGUCAAGAAGGUGAUCAAGGCACUCCCACGAGUGGGCGUCGGCAUCAAGUACGGUAUCCCGCAGACGCGCCGAGCCUCGAUGAUGUCCCCGCGUCAGCUGAUGCGCAACUCCAACAUGACCCAGAAGUGGCAACGCCGCGAGAUCUCCAACUUUGAGUAUCUCAUGUUCCUGAACACGAUCGCCGGUAGGACGUACAACGACCUCAAUCAGUACCCGGUGUUCCCGUGGGUCCUCACCAAUUACGAAUCCCGCGAGCUGGACCUCAGCCAACCGUCAAACUACCGAGAUCUCUCGAAACCAAUUGGUGCGCUCAACCCCUCUCGUCGCGAGUACUUUGAGGAGCGAUACGAAAGCUGGGACACCCCCGGAAUUCCGCCCUUCCACUACGGAACUCACUACUCGACGGCAGCCUUCGUGCUGAACUGGCUCAUCCGGAUGGAACCCUUCACGACCAUGUUCCUCGCCCUGCAAGGCGGCAAGUUCGAUCAUCCCGACCGACUCUUCUCCUCGAUCGCGCUCUCCUGGAAGAACUGCCAGCGUGACACGUCCGACGUCAAGGAACUCAUCCCCGAGUGGUACUUCCUGCCGGAGAUGUUCUACAACUCGUCGGACUACCGGCUCGGCCAGCGCGAAGACGGCGGCAACGUGCACGACGUGGAACUCCCACCGUGGGCCAAAACCCCCGAAGAGUUUGUCCGCAUCAACCGGAUGGCGCUCGAGUCCGAAUUCGUGUCCUGUCAAUUACACCAGUGGAUCGACCUCAUCUUUGGCUACAAACAGCGCGGCCCCGAGGCGAUGCGUGCCACGAACGUGUUUUACUACCUCACGUACGAGGGCAGCGUCGACCUGGAGACCAUCACCGACCCGGUCACGCGCGAAGCCAUCGAGAACCAGAUCAAAAACUUUGGCCAAACGCCGUCGCUGCUGCUGAUGGAACCCCAUCCCCCGCGGUCCUCGGCCAUGCACCUCUCCCCGAUGAUGUUCAACACGAUGCCGGACGACGUGUGCAUGUCGCUCAAGUUCCACCUCAACUCGCCGAUCAUCCACAUCUCGGCCAACACGUACCCACAGCUGCCACUGCCCUCGGUUGUGACCGUCACGGCGGGCCACCAGUUUGCCGUGAACCGCUGGAACUGCCAGUACACGGCGAGCAUCCAGAGCCCGAGCUACGCGGAGUCGUCGCAGAGCGUGAACGCGAACCUGCCGCUGACGAUGGAUCCGCUGUUGUCCCAAAUCAACGGCCACAACAGCAACAGCCAGCAGCGCGAUCGGCGCCACCUCGGGGACAACUUUAGCCAAAAGCUGCGCAUCAAGUCGAACUGCUACGUGACGACUGUGGACAGCCGCUUCCUGAUUGCGUGCGGCUUUUGGGACAAUAGUUUCCGGGUGUUUUCGACUGAGACGGCCAAGAUCGUGCAGAUCAUCUUCGGGCACUUUGACGUGGUGACGUGCCUGUCGCGGUCGGAGUGUAACAUCACGUCCGAUUGUUACAUCGCGUCCGGGUCGGCGGACUGUACGAUCCUGCUGUGGCACUGGAAUGCCCGCACGCAGAGCAUCGUGGGAGAGGGAGAGAUUCCAACUCCUCGGGCAACGCUGACAGGUCACGAAACGUCCGUAACGUCGGUGGUUAUCAGUGCCGAACUUGGACUGGUCGUUUCCGGAUCGAUAAAUGGUCCCGUGCUGGUGCACACGACGUUCGGCGAUCUGCUGCGGUCGCUCGAGGCGCCCAAGGAUUUCAUCUCGCCGGAGAACAUAACGCUCUCGCGCGAGGGCUUCAUCGUGGUCAACUACGACGAGGGUAACGUGGCGGCGUACACCAUCAACGGGAAGCUGCUGCGGCACGAGUCGCACAACGAUAAUCUGCAGUGCAUGCUGCUGUCCCGCGACGGCGAGUAUCUGAUGACGGCCGGCAACAAGGGCAUUGUCGAGGUGUGGCGCACCUUCAACCUGGCCCCCCUGUACGCGUUCCCCGCGUGCAACAGCGGCAUCCGGUCGCUGGCGCUGACCCACGAUCAAAAGUACCUCCUCGCUGGUCUCGCCACCGGUUCCAUCAUCGUGUUCCACAUCGACUUCAACCGCUGGCACCACGAGUACCAGCAGCGUUACUGAAACUCGUCCCUCCGGUACAUCUCGGUGACGAGCGAGGGCGAAGCGGAACUGCAGUACUGCAACGGCGAGAACAAUGGCAGCCGGUCCUCGCCGAAGCGUCAACACCAGCAGGUGGGUGCGUUUUAGAGAGAAAAAAGGAGAGAGGGAGGAAUCCUCUCUCUCUCUUUAGUUAGUGAGUUUAAUUCAAUCAGCGAGAGCGGAUAAGUGAUGAGAGGAAGAGGGAGUGGCCAAAUGUUUCGUUCUCUCGUAUUGUGAAAGAGAGAGCUGAGAGAAACGAAUGAGAGAGAGAGACGAGAUAGCAAUUGUUACCUAUUGACUAGAGAGAUAGUGAGCUAGAAAGAGAGAAGGAGAGAUGUACGCUUUUAAAGAUGGCGUAUUCAAUUAGGCAAGAAGCUUUUAACGGUUUUCAACGCGAGCGAAAGAGAAACAUGCUUGAAAAUUUAGAGCAAAUAAAUAAAAAGUUAUAAAAAAAAACAAGAAACUUAUUGUUAGCCUUUAAGGAAAAAUAAUCUUCACCCACACAAACAAAAAAAGAAAACACAUGAAAGACACACCAACACACAGAAGUGAAAACAAGAAAACAAUGCCAAAUUUGAUGUAUUCACGAAAUGCAAAACGAAUUACAGAAACAAAGAGACACAGGAAAAAUCGCGAACGCAGAGUUAUAAAAAAGUGUAAUUUUUCUAAAGCAAACAGCAUACAAAAAAAAACGCACUCUUUUAACGCAUUUACGAGAAGAGCGCGAGAGAAAUUUAAAGCAAAUCCACCAACACACUUUUACUAAACAAAGAGAGAAAAAAACGCGAGAGAGAAGUGAUCAAAGCAGGCGAGCCGCGGAGCGCGCGAGCACGAAACCAAGGAUGCCAAAUGUAAAAUUUUAAACUUGAACUUGAAAUCGAAAUCAAUAACAAACUUAACACAAAACAAAAAAAAACAAUCGGCAAAAAUUUUAAGCUUGAAAAUUUGCAGCAAAAAUCAGCUUGACGUAAAAUGUGGAGAAAAUAAUGAUGAAAACGAAGACAUUUCUGAGGUUAUCCGUCCGCAAAUAUUUACAUUAACCUUAAAACACACACACAAAGACACAAACAUACAACAACAUAAAGACAUUAAAACAAACCGAGGUUUGUCAAGCACGUAAAAAAACUGCACAGCACUUUUUAAACGCCAUUCCUACUGAUUUUUGCGUUACUUAGAAAGAAAACAACAAUGAGAGGAAUGUCAAGCGGCCGGGCGGAAACUAGCGUAUACAUAACUUAGAAAGAGAAAGAGAGAAAAAAGAAAGAAAGUAAACAUAGAACAACUAUUCACGUGCCAAGCAUUUUUAAAAAAGUCCUGCCCAGAAAAAAAUAAUAAAAAGUGAAAUAACAUUAUAAUCAAACAAUAACAAAAAAUACUAGCAACACUGCUUCGCGUGGCUUGUUUACGUUGGGACGUACGCACGCACACUUGCACACGCAUCCCUGUAUUUGGACGGAACAAUGCGGAAGCUGCGUGAAAGAGAGAGAGGGAGAGAAGGUGAGUACGUAAUUUUUCCGUCCACAGCAAAAGCGGCUUUUUGGUUUCGCGUUUUGUGUGCACGAGCACUUUGAAAGGAGAAAAAAACACCAACACAAGCGCAGCGCUGAUUUUUUUCGGUUGUUUUGGCAGCACUGCUUGGGAAGUUUGACAAUUUGUUGACUAUGAUUGAAAUGUAAAAAAAAUCAAAAAAUCUAUGUUUUUGUAAAAAAUAAUAUGUCAAUAAAUUUUGUAUUUUACUUAAAAAAAGCGCAAAAAUUUUACAAAAUAUUUACUUCUGAAAGUAAAAAGUAAAUUAUGGGUUUUUACAAAUUUGCAAAUUCAAAAAUUCUCAUAAAUUAUUUAUGUUGAAUAUAAUUUUAAAAAAUUUCAAAACAAUCUAAUAAGUGUCGAAGCAAGUUGUGUAUGGAUUUCUACAAAGUUGAUACUUUUUUGACAGUAAAUACGUUUUCACAAUACUUACGAAUAAGGCUUCCUAGGCCCAGUGAAAAAAUAUAAUUAAACCCAAAAAUGAUGAACUUCUCGUCACAGUGUCCUGAUGCAAACAAUGAUCGAUCUCGAGCUGUCACUGUCCCUGCGAAAUAAGUUGGCUGACAUAUCGGGCGGUCAGCAAAAAAAAAACAGCAAGAAGUCGCCUGACAAAAAAACGUUUGCUAAAAAGAGAUAGCAAAUCUGAUACAAACAAACCUCCAGCUGUCAUGUAAACAUACUUUGAAUGUGUUGGUAAAUUUCUGAUUAGAAAGCCUUAUUCACCUUAUUUUUUCAAAAUACAGAAUAUUUUAGAAAAUGUAAAUCACAUUUUUGCACAAUUAAUGACAUUUGAGAAUUUUGAGAAAUUUCCAGAUACAGAAUAUUUAUUAAAAAUAUUAUAUUUUUCAGAUAUAAAAAAAUACUUUAGUUUUGUAUUUUAAAUUAACUUAAAAAAUUUGAAGUAUAUUUCAAAAUAUAAUUACGUAUUUAAUUUUGUGGUGAUAAGUAAUAUAUUUCUUGAGUUUGUUUUUGAAAAGGUUCAAUAAGCUUUUGUCUUUCAUAUGUUUAUAGGACUUAUUAACAUUCCAACGCCCAAGGCUCCAAAAAAGUUGGAACGGUAACUUCAACUCAAUGGUUCUCGGGCAUAACUCAACCAAUCAAGAUGAUUCUUCUUCUGUGAUUUGUUAGGAUGUCUAGAUGAUUCUAGAACUUUGCAGAACUUAAUUUGAUCAAAUCUGUAAUUUUUGCGAUCAAAAACACCGUUCCAACUUUUUUUUUCGCGUGUAAAAAAAAAUCGCCAAAAAUUCCGCGGAGGCAAUUGUUUUAAAAAAGGUGGAACGAUGUUUUCGGUCGCAGAAAUUACAGAUUUGUUCAAAUCAAGUUCUGCAAAAUUUUAGGAUUAUCUAGACAUUCUUACAAAUCACUGGAAACAAGAAUCGUCCCAAUUGGUUGAGUAAUGUCCGAGAACCAGCGAGUUGAAGUUACACUGAAAAUAUGCCGCACUUUUUAUUCAAGUGCCCAAACACUUGAAUGAUUGAAUAAAGUCACAUCGUAGAUCUAAUUGGUUUGUGUUUCAACAUCAAUCCAAACCACUAUCAAAUGCAAGUGUUUGGGCGGUUGACUUUUUGGUAUUUUUUAACAUGUUAUUUUCAUUCGGGUGGCUCAAGCUUUUCAAUUGUUUUGCUCAUGAAUUUGUCCCACCUUCUUGAACUAUUCAAAGUGAUGAGUAAAACACUUGAAAAUGAUCUUAAGAUCUACCCAAAACAGGCACUAUUCAAAGUCAACGUGAUUAUCCACAUGAAUUUAAUGUGUUUCACUGAUUGAUUUUUGCGCGACUUUCAUCGAAGGCUAGAAGCGAGGCAAGAACCAAUAGCACAAAAAACACUCCCGUCUUCAACUGGCCGGCCGGCGCAGUGGUAGCGUGCACGACUAGCAAGCGAGAACCUGUAAAUCGCUUGUACGUACUUUUUUUUUCAACGCCAUUUAAAAUUCAAGUGUUUGGCUAUUGACAUUAUUUCGUGGCCAAUCACCGAAAUUUCAAGUGUUUUGCGAUUGAUAUUUGAGUGCUCUGUACAGCAGGGCCAGAUCAUGUGUAGAACACUUCGUUGAGCUGUGUAAGUUUUGCUCAGUGUACCGUUCCACCUUUUUUCGGAGGCUUGGGCGUCCGUGUAAGUUGGACAUGCGUUGGGCGUUCCAGUGUUAAAAAAAACUCUGGAUUUAUAAAUCACUGGUAUUUUUUUAAAUAAUUUUGUGUUGUAUGAAAAUAAGUUGAAAUUGGCAUAUUUUUCUAAUAUUUUUUAUUAAAACAAAUUACAUUAAAGUGGAUUUCUGACAUAAAUCCGAGAUGACAAAAAAACAUCAUUUUUUGAUAAAUUUCCUAAUCUUUGCUUAAAAGAAUGCAGAAGGAGAAAAUUUCCGAUCCACAAACGUCAAACGCUCAAGCAGUGCUGUCAGUUUCGCUUCAUUCCCUCCCCUUCACACAAUACACGCUCAAAGUGCUUUGCUCAGAAGAUAGUAAUAAUCAACCCGCAAAAGUUGCAUUGUUUUGCUUCAAGCCUCUUGAAAACAAAACAACAACAACAAAAAAUCAAUGGCUGUCUGUAAAAUCCACCGUCAAACUCAAAUUUGGCAUUUUGUGUUUUUUGAUAGUAUUUUUCUGCAAACAAGUACUUAAAUCGCCCUAGUCUUAAAAAUAUGAUCAGAUUUCGUCCAAAUUUCGCUGUGUUCCACCCCUGCAACAAAAACAAACCAUUCCAAAAUUUCCAGCAAUGAUUGCUCAUUCCAGAUUUUUGAAAUUUUAUUUCUGCUUUAAAAAGUCCCUUAAAAACGAUGUUAUUAAUCCUAGACUGAAAGUUGUUGAGUAAGAUGUGGCAAAUUCUUAAUGAAGAUAAAAGAGAAAAAAACGAAGUACUUAUUAUUUCCUAAUUCCUUUUUUAAGAAACCUUAGUUUUAGUUGUUUUUCACGUUUAAGUCUAUUCGUUGGUGUUGGUGAACAUUUAGUCAGAGCUGUAGAUUUUAACAACCGAUUUUUGAUGUGGCAACUAGCUAGUUUAUUAAAAGCAAGAUAUGGCAGCUUCGAUUUGGGUUGCUCGGUGUAAUUUUACGCACUUUCCACUGAGAUCGAUAAAAUAUUAAAUGAAAUGCAUUAGAAUUCGCUACACGCAAGAGUUGUGUGAAAAAAGUGCACCAGUUUGCUUUAAAGUAAACACAAAAAUAGUAAACAGCACCGCUGCAAAUAGAGUCACACACACACACAUACACGCGCGUACACACUUACACAGUGGUAGUUAAUAUUUUAAAAGCGUAGUAAAAGUAAUUAAACUUAAAGUAAUCAUUCAUCCCUCCUACCCUGUUUAAUUUUUUUUAAAGCAGACUAUCAGAUACGACGAAAUUAAGCAAAAAGUCGUCGAGCAUUUUAGAGAGAGUAAAAAAGUAAGCUUAAAAAUGAGAGCCAAGCAAAACAAGAUAAUCCCGCAAUGUUUUCAAACUACUUUUUUAUAAAAUAUAAGAGAAAAAAAAGCAGUUAAGGUUACGUGCAAACAAACAAAAAAAACAAGCAAAUGUUAUUAACAUUCUGUAAAAAAAUGAUGCAAACACACACUUUACUUACAUAAUAAAAAAAAUAAAACAGAGACAAAAGCAAAUCGUCGCAAAAAUCGCCAGUCUUAGUCUUGUGAAUUAUUCUAAUAAAACAUAAAGCAAAAAGGAAAACCCUAUAACAUGAGUAAAGUGGGCAGAAUUUCACCGACACACACACAAGCAAACCAAAAAAAGAAAGAAGCUUCAGCGUUCUCACUUACACAAACGCAACCCGGAUUAUGUUUGUGCACGAGCGCAGCGUGAAAAGGUGAAAAUAAAAAACAAUUAUCAUUGUAAGAGUACGAUAACAAUAUGCAUAUAUUUUCAGACACAUUAUUGCUACUAAUUAUUCUUGAAAGAAGAAAACCCGUGCAAAAAGAAAAAGACAUACAACAAACACACACACUUACCGAAUGGAAAUACAUAGAAAAAUAGAAGCUAAAAAAAACUUAACACAGUGUGUGUGUAAAACAAGGUGGAGAAUAAAAGCAAGUACUUAAACAAAAAAGAAGAAGAAA